AUGUCAGCGUUGUUUAGCAGAGUUUUUUUGUCAAAUAGACCUGCGGGUGUUAAGAUCGCCAACUUGGAAACUAGCCUAAGUCCAGCGGUCACAAUAAGAAGGCUUAAGGCUUACAAACCAACCUUGGCCGACUGUUUACACUAUGGAUUUUUGAGCAGUAUCUUGUUUUUCGCUUUUAUCAUGAAUCCUGCCUCCUGGAUUUCCAAGGUUGCGUUUUACACAUUUCUAGGUGUUCUUUUCAUUAUCCCCGCUACGUCUCAAUUUUUCUUCAAUGCUUUGCCUAUUCUGACGUGGUUGUCACUAUAUUUCACUUCAUCUUCCUUCCCGGCGGCAAUGCGGCCUCCUAUAAGCGUACAAAUCCUGCCCGCUAUCGAGACUAUUCUGUAUGGUGAUAAUUUGAGUGAUAUUUUAGCUGCUUCUACCAACAAACCCUUGGACUUCUUGGGUUUGAUUCCCUACGGACUAUUCCAUUUUGGUGCCCCUUUUGUUGUCGCCAUCAUCUUAUUUUUGUGUGGGCCUCCAACUAUCUUGCGAGGGUACGCAUUCGCAUUCGGCUAUAUGAACCUCGUUGGCGUGAUAAUGCAAAAUUUGUUCCCUGCGGCUCCCCCAUGGUAUAAGAUAAUAUAUGGUUUAAACCCGGCUAACUACACUAUGAAGGGCUCCCCCGGUGGCUUGGGCCGUAUUGACAAGUACCUGGGGAUAAACCUUUACACUCCUUUAUUCACCAACUCCGCCGUCAUUUUCGGCGCGCUUCCAUCUCUCCACUCUGGCUGUGCGACCAUGGAGGCCUUGUUCUUCUCCUAUGUCUUCCCGAAGCUGACACCUCUGUUUAUCUUCUACGUUUGCUGGCUUUGGUGGUCUACAAUGUAUCUGACACAUCACUACUUUGUGGACUUGAUGGCUGGGUCUGUCCUCUCCUACGCGAUUUUUCAAUACACGAAAUAUCAUCACUUGCCAUUGGCUGAUGGGUCUCUCUUUUCGCGCUGGUCUUAUCCCGAGAUUAAGACUUUCAACAUUGUUCAAGCAGAUCCACUUGGAUCGAAUGCGAAUGACAUCGAAAGUUUGCCGGUGCCGUUGGUCCUUGGAACAGAUUUUGAAUUGGAUGACAUGGUCAACAGUGACUCUCCUUCCAUUUUCGACAAUGAAAGAUCUAUUUCAAGAUCCUCUGCGGCCUCAAACACCUCCUUGGAAGUUCAGGAGGAGAGUUAUUCAUCUCCGCGACUUGGUAAGCAACGAGUAGAUUGA